UCUUCUCCAUAUCUCGUUCAGCACUUGGCCUGUGUGGUGUCAAUGAUUUUGUGUCAGUAAUAUCAAUAUUAUUUUUUUUUUCUUUACUUAAUGACGAGCUCCAACAGCCCCGCAGAAGGGGAAAUCGUUUGUAAAAAAAUCUAAUUCGAGGUUAAGGUUAUUGGAAAGUCGUGAUUCUUUCGAACGGCUCGGGAGUGUUUGAAGCAGUGUCAAAAAGUAAUAAUAAUAACAACAUAGAAGAAUGAUAAUAAUAAUGCAUAGAUAAAAAUAAUGAAUGAACCUACAGAUAAAUAAAAGGAAGUGGACAGUGACCACUCCGACUCCUCCGAGCGAGAAAAAGGGCGGGAAAAGACGCCAUCGAGAAACAAGAGAACUCCGAAAUACGCGCAAGAGAAAGCGCCAUGUUGUAAGCAGCAAGAACCUUAAAAUCAGCCGAUGACAUCCUGAGCAGUUGUCGAAGGAUCACCAUGAAGGGCGGACUGUGGGUUGCUCUUAGCCUGACGUGGCUGCUGGGGACGCCGGCAGCGGGCCUCCUGUUGGCCAUGUGCCCGCCGCAGCCGCAGCAGACUGACAAAAGCGAAUCGUUUUGCGAGUGCACCAAGGAAAACGGGCGGAGUGGCCCCAUUGUCAAGAUUACCUGUAACUUCAACAGGGAACAAGACGUGCUCCUGACGAGAGCCCUCUACCCGUUCCACGCCUCCCGCGUCGUCAGCGCCUACGUGAGGGUGGCUGAUGCCAAGAGUGUCUACGUAACUAAGAGCUUCCUGGAGGAGUGGCAGAGCGUGCCAGCCACCGCCCUGGACCUGUGGCGAGCCGGCACCCUCACCUUCGACGUCCUCUACGAGUUUGACAACCUGCACGCAUACUCCCCCUACAGGACGUCAGUCGGAAUUGGAAUCGUGGACUGCUACGUUCCCGAAAUUCCGGCCAAGUUCAUGCGCGACCGCGACCGCGGCGGACUGCUCAUCAGGGGCAGCCGGGUCGACGUGUUCCGGAAAGGGGCUUUCUAUAACAUCAAGCAGAUGCGUUACUUAGUGAUCGAGGACUCGGCGGUGGGCGCGGUGGAAGGGCCGGUCUCUGCCAGCGGGGUGGUCACUCUGAGCCAGCGGUCCCUCCACAACUGGGUCGGCUUCCGCAUGCACAAGGUCCUCGUCAAUUCCCUGGGCGCCGGGGCCUUCAACAUCACGCAUAGUUCGGAGGUGGAGUCGGUGGAGGUGAGCGAGUGUCGCUUCCAAGAGGUGAGCACCGGCGCCUUCUCGAUCACUGGGAACCUCAAUGUCUCCUUCUCGGAAAACACCUUCGGACACCUGCAGAAGGAGGCGCUGAUGGUCAGCGUGCUCGGCGAGGUCAAGUUCGACGGGAACCUGAUAGACACGUGGGAGAGCGACGCCCUAAGUGCCCUGCGGUGCCUGAGUCGCGCGUCCCUCCAGAAGAACACCGUGCGGGUGGUGGCGGCGCAGGAGGUCGCUCGGAACAUCACGCCCUUCCAUAGUUCCUGCGGGAAUCCCCAGAUAUUCACGGUGAUCAGCGGUCCCUCGGCCCUGGAGUCGAAGAGCUCCAGCGCCGCCCUCUGGACCCUGGCAGUCUUGGCCGUCCUCCUCCUCCUCCUCCUCGUCGCCGGCGUCCUCCUUUACCGCCGGCGAGGCCUCAUGAUGCGCCACUACAAGCGGGACACGCCCAUUUUCCUCAGCGUCUGCAAGGCGUCUGCGGACAACGUCGCCAACGGCCCUGAGCACGCGACGGGAGGAGACGCCCCUUCGGGAGUGACUAAUCCCAUGUACGAGGAGGGGAGUCCUAUUGACGAGGAAGAGUGUGAAUGAAAGUCGAAACCCUGAACUGUUAUGAAUGAAAGUCAAAUCUACGCUUCUGUACAGUUGGUUGAGGUUGAAGCCUGGGUUUUAAAGGACAAAACGAGUGUGAUUUAUUCUAAUGACACCUGCGGCCAAAAGUGAUCCCUCUCCGAGACGUCUGGGAGGCUGGAACCUCUAUCAAAGACAGACAUGGUGCGGAGGUAGUGAAAUAUGGUGUACAUGUCCUUAGUCUUUUCAAUUCAUGUUAGUUUUACAGUGUUAGUGUCUGACUGAAAAAGAGCAACAUUCUCUUGGACUAAAGUCAUAACAUAUGAUCUACACACAAUCUGACAUAAACUAAGUAAAAUCGGAGCAGAAGGAUAUUGGUAUUUCUUCAGUGCCUUAGACAGAAUAGAUAAGAUGUAAUUUUAAAUGUGUAAAUUCCAAAUUUGUUUAAAUAGUAAUAUAAAGGUGUUUUAAAUAACUUAAACAGAAAAAUAUGACCUAUCAUUAUUUUUCUUAAUUAUAUUUUACUGAAUGAUAGUAAUACAUAUUGUAAAAGCACUUUAUUUGACUUUAUUUGUAUUUUCACUAAAAUUCUGAGGUCGACUUCCAUAAUAUUACAGUUAUUCUGAUUUUUGCAUUAGCAAACAUUUUCAGGCUUACUCACAUAAUACAAUAUAAAUAAUAUGUGAUGUGUGUAUAGUGUCAUUCAUUUUAUGCAGUUGUAUGGUUCUUUGUCUAUACAGGGUACAUAUAUAUGGAAUACAUUCAUAAACUUGUUUCAUUGUUAGUUUUACCUUUGGCUUGUCUGUUAACAGUACGAAUUAAGCUCUGUACAGUUUUAGAUAAUAAGAACUCAUACAAGCAUUUUAGCAAUAAAUUUUGGCGUAUUUUGUUCAUAUGAAAGAAAAUUGUUAUCAUGAAAUAAAAAUAAAAAUGCAAAUACC